AUGACUUACACCGCAAAGACACGACCAGAAACGGCAAAAACCAAAAGAAUGAUGGAAAGAGCAGAGAUGAAAGUGCUACGCAGGAUAGCCAGAAAAACCCUACUGGACAGGGAAAGAAGUGAGAACAUCAGGAAAUGCAAAAUAUAUGACGUCAACGAAUGGGUUUUAUCAAGGAAGAAAGAAUGGAAUGAGCACAUAAGUCGUAUGGAUAACAACAGACUGGUCAAGAUAGCGCGCGAUAAAUCUCCAUUGGGCCGAAGGAGUACCGACCGACCCAGAAAAAGGUGGAGCAGGAUAGGAGGCAAGGCUUAG